AUGCCACGCACUUACAACAAAAUUGACGCAGUUCAGCGCCAGAAGAUUAUUGAAUCUGUCUACAAUGAACAUUUAACUUUUGCCGAGACUGCCCGCCGUUAUGGCUUUCCCCAGUCUACAAUUCGGUCCAUUGCCCGCAAGUUUGAAAAAGAUGGAUUAUUUGAUAACAAGCCGCGUGGUGGGAACCGCCUCCCAGUUCUCAAUGACAAGCACAUUUCAUGGAUCAAGGAGCAGCUUGAUGCUCAUCCUGAUAAACCGAUUCGCGAAUUACACCAAGAACUGAACAGAUAUUUCCAAAAUAACCCCCCCGUAUCCAUCUCUUGUGUCUCGCGUGCAGUUAGGAAACAGGCCAAGUAUACUCUCAAGCUCCGAACGUGCGUCUUGGGGCCAAAACGCCAUGGAAAGCGGCAUAUCCAUUAG